AUGUCGUCAAUGGUCAACCUCGGGGCGCUUUCAAUCCUUCUCACCACCGCCCUCGCCGCCUCUCCGUACGGCCCUGUCAGCGCACCAUGUCCCGCCACUGGCCUUGUCCGCUCCGCAGCCGACGGCGUGAGCACCGAUGAGGCUUCGUACAUUUCGGCGCGCAAGCCUGUUGCACAGGCAGCCUUGCUUUCCUGGCUCACCAAGACCAAUGCCGCCUACAGCAACAGUAGCAGCAGUGACCUCCCGACCAUCGGUCUGACCGUCAGUGGCGGCGGCUACCGCAGCAUGCUUACCGGCGCAGGCGUGAUCCAGGGCCUGGACUCGCGCGACAGCAACACGUCGACCUCGGGUCUUUACCAGGCACUGUCCUACCAGGCCGGACUCUCUGGCGGCUCGUGGCUUCUGUCGUCGCUGGCGGGCAACGACUGGCCCACCGUGUCGUCGCUGCGGGACGGCCUCUGGUCCGCGAUGCUCGAGAAGACGCUCUUCCUCUCCGACACGUCCGACGGCAGCAUCGACAUCGUGGGCGAUCUGGCGGCCAAGGAGGGCGCCGGCUUCGACGUGACGCUGACGGACGCCUGGGCCCGGCUGCUGUCAUACCAGUUCCUGUACGGCGACAACGGCGGCGUCAACAAGACCCUGAGCGGCCUCGUCGACGAUUCACGUUUCGCUGCGCACCAGGUGCCGUUCCCCAUCAUCACCGCCCUCGGCGUCAAGACGUGGGAGGGCGACUGCGACCCGGAUGCCGACGCGACGCAGUACGAGUUCACCCCCUACGAGUUUGGCUCGUGGGACGCGGGCGUGGCCGCCUUCACCCCGGCCAAGUACCUGGGCUCUUCCUUGGUCAACGGCGUCGCCAGCAACAGCAGCAACAGCAGCUGCGUGACCGGCUUCGACAACCUCGGCUUCGUCUUCGGCACCUCGUCCUCGCUCUUCAACAGCGUGUGCCUGCCCGUCAACAUCAACCAAACGGAGCUGGGCGAGCACCUCGCCGAUCUCGUGUCCGACCUGCACGAGCUGGCGACGAACGACCUGUUCGCCCUGUACCCGAACCCGUUUUACGACCCCGCCGCGGCGGACGACGCCACCACGGCGCAGAAGGAGCUGCACCUCGUCGACGGCGGCGUGUCCAACCAGAACAACCCCAUCUGGCCGCUGCUGCACCGCUCCGCCGACCUGAUCGACGUCCUCAUCGUCAACGACAAUUCCGCCGACACGGACGACAACUGGCCCAACGGCACCGAGAUCCGCAACACGUGGACCCAGGCCACGGCCCAGCUGGGCGCCAACUCGCGCAUGCCCGACAUCCCCACCCCGGACGUCUUCGUCGCCGAGGGCUUGAACAAGCGGCCGACGUUUUUCGGCUGCAACGCGACGUCGGAUGUGCUGACGAUCUUGUGGGUGCCGAACAACAAUUUCACGUUCGACAGCAACGUCGCGACGCUGAAGUUGCAGUAUUCGAGCAACGAGACGAGUGGCAUGAUCGCCAACGGUCAGGAGGUGGCGACACAAGGCGGCGACGCUCGCUGGCCGGCGUGCCUGGCGUGCGGCAUCAUGGUCAGGAAGAGCGGCGAGGCGCUGCCGGACGAGUGUGAUGUGUGUUUGGCUGAGUAUUGUUACAACUAA